GACAAGCUCUUGCACAAGGCGGCGUGUUUUUGGCUGGGGCGUCUUUGGAGCAGCAGCGCGGCGCGAGGCUCUCGUCUCUUCCCAAGUGCAUGCGGAGGCCAAAAUGAGAGACCGACUCUUUGAAUUUUUUGAGUUAUCGAGGCUUUACAGCCAACAUACUCAUGAUGAAGAAAAUCAACCGCUCUUACCUCACAACACUCUGCUCUUUGAAACAGAUUAUGCCUUGGCAAGUCUUUUCAAAGAUAUCCAGGCAAUCCGAAUGAGCAAUCUCCACCUGAAAGAGGACAUUAGACGCCUGGGCAAACAAAACAGUCGCUUCCUUACAUCUGUGCGCCGCUUCAGUAGCAUAAAACGUGACACAAACACGAUUGCAAAAGACAUCAAGGCUCGUGGAGAAGAAAUCCACAGGAAGCUUCAGGUUUUGAGAGACUUCAGUGAAGAUGCAGAAACAAAAUAUGGCUCAAACACAAUCAUAGCCCGCGUGGCCAAGGACCACUAUGUUGAUCUCAUGCAUUCUUUUCAGGAGGCCAUGUUUAAAUACAAUGAGACAGAGAUGAACCAGCGGGACAACUGCAAGAUUAGGAUCCAACGGCAGCUAGAGAUCAUGGGCAAGGAAGUGUCUGGGAGCCAGAUAGAGGACAUCAUUGAACAAGGCAGGUGGGACGUUUUCUCUGAGAACCUUCUGUCUGACGCGAAGGGAGCUCGUUCGGCCUUGAACGAGAUAGAGACCCGGCACAAAGAGCUGAUGAAGCUGGAGUCCCGAAUCAAGGAAGUUCAUGAACUCUUCUUGCAGGUAGCCCUGCUGGUAGAAGAACAGGCGGACACCUUCGAUAUUAUUGAGCUGAACGUGCAUAAUGUUGAAGAAUAUGUUGGAGAAGCUAAAGGUGAAGUGAGGAGAGCUCUCGAAUACCGAAGGAAGCAUCCUUGCCGAACAAUCCUCUGCUGCUGCUUGCGAUGCUGCAAAAUUUGAUUGUCCUCGUGAAAUUACUAGAUGAGUGUUUUGGGGACACUCUCAGAUUCGAAGACACUUAAAGUUUGUGCUCAGUUUGAGAGAACUUGUUCUAAAGUGGUGUCCUCUUGUUUUCUUAUGUUCAUUAAUGACUCCGGUGCACAUAUUCCAGCUUGUACCAAAAGCCAAAGGAUAUUGGCGAGUUGUCAUGCAUUCCAAUAUAGCAGAAGGUAAAAUUAACCUUGUCUGCAACAUUGCUUCAAAAUUACACAUACACUGGAACAUAUACAAAGCAAAGGAAUGUUGACCAGGUGUAUAAUGAAUUGCUCCUAAAUUAAAGCUUUCGGUGCAAUUUAAACAACAACAACCUGCAUAGACUUUUAAAGUAAUCAGUGUUGUGGUCAGUUGUUCUUUCCUGGAUGAAAGAAAAAGGGACAAAAUUACAGGUGUGAUUCUCGGUAAAGUUGUUUAGAAACUAAGCAUGUGCACAUGAUCUGAGAGUUUGAUACAAUAUUUGUUGUAAU